AACACUUUUCAGAGAAUUAAGUAUUGAGAAUUGGAUUAUGCCUGCAGUUUAUGCUGGCCAUUUUUCUCAUGUGCUAUGGCUUCAUCCCACAUGGGCUCAGCAAAUAAGAGAGGGCAAACAUCACUUUUUAGUAGGCAGAGACACUUCCACCACAACAAUCAGGGUUACGAGUACAGAUCAUUACUUUCUAAGUGAUGGUCUUUAUGUAACUGAAGACCAACUAGAGAACCAAAAACCUUUACAAUUGGAUGUAAUUAUGGUAAAACCUUAUAAACCCUGUAACAAUCAAGAAGAAAAUGAUGCAGUGUCUUCUGCGUAGAAGCCAAAGCUAGCUCUGGAAGAUGCAGAAAACACUGCUUCUACUAACUGUGACUCUUACUCAGAAGGACUGGAAAAGGACACAUUGACACAGAGGAGGGGCCAGAUUUGCCUAGAGCAAUCAUGUUCAUGUUCUUCUGAAAGUCAAGAAUGUCAGACUACAGUCAGCACUGGGGAAAUUCUGGAAAUUUUGAAGAAAGGGGAUGCAUUUGUGUUAGAUAUUGACUUGGAUUUUUUUUUUUCAGUCAAGAAUCCCUUCAAAGUAAUGUUCACUCAGGAAGAGUACAAAAUCUUACAAGAAUUGUACCAGUUUAAAAAACCUGGUACCAACCUGACAGAGGAAGAUUUGGUAGAUUGUGUUGAUACUCGAAUUCAUCAGUUAGAAGAUUUAGAAGCUGCUUUUGCUGAUUUAUGUGAUGGUGAUGAUGAAGAAACUGUACAGAAAUGGGCUUCAAACCCUGGAAUGGAAUCACUAAUUCCGCUUGUACAGAGUUUGAAAAAACGGAUGGAAGUACCAGACUAUGAAAUGGUUCACCAGGCUGGUCUAACCUGUGAUUACUCCGAACUUCCUCACCAUAUCAGUACAGAACAAGAAAUUGAAUAUCUUAUUCAGUCUGUAUAUUAUUUACUGAAAAAUUUACCAAAACCUACUCUUGUGACAAUUGCAAGGUCAAGUCUGGAUGAUUACUGUCCUUCUGAGCAAGUUGACACCAUUCAAGAAAAAGUCCUCAAUGUGCUACGCUCCCUCUAUGGAGCUGUAGACAUUCACCUGGUGUACUUAGCAGAAUGCUCUCCAUCCUGAAACAACAAAACAGUAGGCUCCUAUUACAUCUUGAUGUAACAACAGGGUUUUCAUUAACUUAUUUGUAAAUGCGUUUUCCAGAGAAGAUGGAAAUAAAUGCUUUUAUAUUAACUUUAAAAAAA